UGGGAUUCAUAAAGCCGAAACCAGUUUCCCCAAAACUUGCUCCUGUUUAAGUCCCUUGAUUCUCUCCUCCUAUAAAUAGAUUAGACACCAAAGCCCUUCUUCAUAUCCCUGACCACUUGCUUAAUUUCAUUCUCCUGCUUGCAAAUCUACUGUCCUCUCCUUUCUUUUCAGGUUUUUCACCAAAACGGUUAGGAAGUUGUGUAUUCAUGUCUCCCCCUGCACUGGCAAUGACAAACGAUGAUGCAAGGGAAACCGAAUUCCAGAAAGGAGUGAAGCAUCUUUUUGAAAAUGGAGUUAGCAAACUUCCUAAAAAGUAUGUACUGCCUGUAUCUGAUCGACCCAAUGUAGAUAAAGAGCAGCCAAAUACGGCUAAGUCUAGUCUUAAACUGCCCAUAAUCGAUUUUGCUGAAUUGGAAGGCCCAAACCGCUCCCUAGUCCUCAACUCCCUCUCCUCUGCUUGUGAAGAAUAUGGAUUUUUUCAGGUGAUAAACCAUGGCAUCCCCAUUGAAGUUAUAAGAAGCAUGAUCGAUGUGAGCACCAGGUUCUUUGGGCUCCCAUACGAGGAAAGAGCAAAAUACAUGACCUCCGACAUGGCCUCACCUGUUCGAUAUGGAACGAGCUUAAACCAGAGCAAAGAUGCUGUGUUCUGUUGGAGAGACUUCUUAAAGCUUGUCUGCCAUCCAUUGUCGGAUGUUCUCCCUCAUUGGCCUUCCUCUCCCAUGGACUUCAGGGAAUUGGCCGCUACCUACGCAAAAGAAACCAAGUACUUGUUUCUAAGGAUCACGGAGGCCAUCCUAGAGAGCCUUGGCCUGUGGGGUGCCACAAAGGAAAAGACGCCAGAAGAUGAUGAAAUUGUAAAGCAAUUCCAGGAUGGAAGCCAGCUAAUGGUGGUUAACUGUUUCCCUCCCUGCCCUGAGCCUGACCUUACCUUAGGAAUGCCGCCACACUCGGAUUACGGAUUCCUGACCCUUCUUCUCCAGGAUGAAGUUGAAGGUCUACAAAUUCAAUACAAAGGAAAAUGGAUCACUGUUGAACCAAGGGCCAAUUCAUUUGUCGUAAACGUUGGUGAUCACCUCGAGAUAUUUAGCAACGGGAGAUACAAAAGUGUGCUGCACAGAGUUUUUGUGAAUCCAGCAAAGCCUCGCCUGUCGGUGGCUUCAUUGCAUAGUCUGCCUUUCAAUUGCAUGGUUGGACCGUCGCCUAAACUGAUUGACGAAGCAAACCCAAGGCGCUAUAAGGAUACAGAUUUUGCCACUUUUCUUGAAUACAUCUCAUCUUGCGAGCCCAAGAAGAAGAAUUUCUUGGAGUCCAGGAAAUUGACUUGAACAUUGGGAAGGUGGAACCCAUAUACAUAUAGAAAUGUUUUGUGUUGACUUUUGUAUGACAUCUAUUAUAGAUGUAGACAGUAUUUGUUGGAGUACUUGUAAUUGUUUUUUAUAUUCCUUCUUUUUUCCCCUAGGUCAACUAUAAAAAAAAAAAAAAACCCAAAAAUCUUAGCUUAGCCCUUCUCCUUCGUUAUAAAGCUACGUUCCAGAGACAAAGACAAAUAGGCAGUUGUGAAAAACGUAGUAUUAAUCAUGAUAAACUGUAUUCGGGAAGCAUAGAUAAUGAAAGCUUUAAUUUGCUCAA